GGAAAGGGGGAAAAAAGGGCCGAAUCUUGACGCAUGCGCACAACUCUCCGAGUCCGGUUCGGUUUCUUCCUUUCUCUGGGCAGGGGGUGCCGAGCCGACCCGCACGUGGAGCAUCAUGGUCGUGGGCACGGGCACUUCUCUGGCCCUCUCCUCGCUCCUGUCCCUGCUGCUCUUUGCCGGGAUGCAGAUGUACAGCCGGCAGCUGGCCUCCACCGAGUGGCUCACCAUCCAGGGGGGCCUGCUGGGCUCAGCGCUCUUUGUGUUCUCCCUCACCGCCUUCAACAAUUUGGAGAACUUGGUCUUUGGUAAAGGGUUCCAAGCCAAGAUUUUUCCUGAGAUUCUCAUCUGCCUUUUACUGGCUCUCUUUGCCUCCGGCCUCAUCCACCGCGUCUGUGUGACCACUUGCUUCAUCUUCUCCAUGGUCGGUCUUUACUACAUCAACAAGAUCUCCUCUGCUUUGUAUCAGGCAACCGCACCAGUCAUUGUCCCUGCCAAGGUUACAGGCAAAAGCAAGAAAAGGAACUGACCCUUCAGUGACCAAUAAAGCGGAUUCUUUUGUAA